AUGGAUGAUCAGAUGAAAGGCAAGGAAUACAGCGACGAGAGACAAGGAAAGGGGAGCAAAGACGUGAAAACAAGCCCGGCUCACUCCACCAUGGCCCUGGUUGACGAGGCCGCAGAUGAGGACGACCCGUGGGACAUGCCUGAGUUGAAGGACACCGGGAUCCCGUGGUCAGCUCUGGACACAAAGGGGAAGGUGAUGCGAGUAGUGGUGUCAGUUGGGAAGCUGAUCAUGCUGCUGGGCUUCCUCUACAUGUUCAUCUGUUCUCUGGACAUCCUUAGCUCAGCUUUCCAGCUAGUUGGAGGUAAAGCAGCAGGUGACAUCUUUCAGGAUAACUCAGUUCUGGGCAACCCUCUGGCUGGUCUGGUCAUCGGUGUUCUGGUCACCCUGCUGGUCCAGAGCUCAUCUACUUCCUCUUCUAUUGUUGUCAGCAUGGUCUCCUCUGGCUUGCUCUCGGUCCAGCUAGCUGUUCCCAUCAUCAUGGGCACCAACAUCGGCACCUCUGUCACAAACACACUGGUCGCGAUGACACAGGCUGGUGAACGCAGCACCUUUCGCAGGGCUUUUGCAGGCGCCACAGUGCACGACUUCUUCAACUGGCUCUCUGUACUGGUGUUGCUGCCUCUGGAGGUUGCCACUGGUUAUCUGUAUGAGGUCACCAAGCUCAUUAUCGACUCCUUCCAAAUCGAGAGCGGAGAGGCUCCAGACUUGUUAAAUGUGAUCACUGAUGUGCUCACUGAGUCAAUUAUAGAGUUGGAUAAGUCUGUCAUUAGUGGAAUCGCCACCGGAGACCCUGCAGCGAGAAAUAAGAGUCUUGUCAAGAGAUGGUGCAAAACCUACACCAACACAACCUUGAUGAACGUAACAGUUCCAGGUCCAGAGAACUGCACAUCACCAUCAGACUGCUGGGAUGAUGGCAACAACACCAUCACACUGGCGAAUGUUUCACAAACCUUCAAUAUUGAGAAAUGUACACAUCUGUUCGUGAACGUAAAUCUACCUGACCUGGCAGUAGGUCUGAUCUUGCUGGCUCUCUCUCUGCUGGUUCUCUGCUCCUGUCUCAUUCUGAUUGUCAAACUGCUUAACUCCAUGCUAAAGGGACAGGUGGCUGGAGUCAUCAAGAAGAUCCUCAACACUGAUUUCCCAUUUCCGUUUGGCUGGGUCACAGGUUACAUUGCCAUUUUAGUUGGAGCAGGCAUGACCUUCAUAGUGCAGAGCAGCUCGGUUUUCACUUCUGCUAUAACUCCACUUGUUGGUAUUGGUGUCAUCAGCAUAGAAAGAGCAUACCCAUUGUCUUUGGGUUCCAACAUUGGCACAACCACCACAGCCAUCCUGGCAGCAAUGGCUAGUCCAGGAGACACAUUGGCUAAUGCUCUACAGGUUACUCUUCUAUUAGAGAGUUGCAUCAGCCUGAAGAAAAAAAAGCUCUGCUCCUCUCCACUCAUGAGCCUUGACCUCUGGUGUAGGGUGUUCUGGAUCGGACAGGUUCUCUCUCACUAUCUUUCCAUUCCUCCAUUGGUCUACACCCAGUAGAUCUGUGGAGCCCUAGGCGGCUCAAGAACUUCAACCAUACUCCUGUGCUCGACUUCACAAACAUUCUGAGAAUCUUCUCAGAAUAUUU